CCCGCUCCGGCUGCGGGACGGGCGCGGGCCGCCGUGGCGAAUCUGCGGGAGCGAAUCGUUACGGGCGGGCGGGGGAGCAGCGCUGGGUUCGCCGCCGCACUUUCGCCACGCCGGGACGGGACGGGGACGGGGAGGCGGCAGCGCCCACCCGGAGCGGCGGAGGGAACGAAGACACGCGGGGAAGCGCCGCUGAGCCCCGAGACCGGCCCCUGACACCCGGAGCCGCCAUGCCCGUGCCAGUGGGGGUCCUACGGCUGCCGCGGGGCCCCGAGGGCUGCAGCCGGGGUUUCAGCCCCACCUCGCCCCGGUUCCAAGCGCUGCUGGGGGGCGACGCGGUGACGACGGCGGCGGCGCAGGGGGCACGGGCAGCCCUCCGACAACGGUACCUGCGGGGGUUGGCGGCCGCCCGGGGCCGCCCCACGCGAUUUUGCCUGCGGGCGGGGGUCCGGGUGGACGCAGUCUUCGGCGCAGCAGACGUGGACGCGGUGGCUUUCCAGGUGGACGCGCUGCAGACGCCCCUGGGCGUGCAGGCGGCCGCGCUGCUGCGCUGCGCCGACGUCCUCGCCUACUCCUUUCUCCUCGACUGACCGUUAAUUAAAAAAAAAAAAAAAAAAAAAGGCAAAAACC